AUGGCCAAAGAUGCAUCAUCAUCUCUCCAGCAGAAUCUCUCCAUAGGAUUGCCCCCAACCACCCCUCCACCACCUCGGCCCCCGCUUCUUUCCCACUACGACGUCUUCCUCAGCUUCAGAGGGGAAGACGUCAGGGGAAAGUUCGUCGACCACCUCUACUCCAGACUCCGGGGUCUGAAGAUCAACGUGUUCAUGGAUAGCAAGACGAUGUCGAGAGGAGAUGUCAUCGAGAAGUCCAUCCUCACAGCAAUCGAGCGGUCGAGGGUCUUUGUGGUUCUGUUCUCUUCUCGGUAUGCAGACUCCAUGUGGUGCUUGGAUGAGCUGGUGAAGAUAAUGAGAUGCGCGAAAAGGAAGGGACACGUGGCUAUGCCCGUCUUCUUCCACGUGUCACCAGACGAUGUGGCGGGCCAGACCGGGGUCUACGAGGAGGCGUUCGUGAAUCAUGAGAAGGGUGGGUUCAAGAAGAAGAGGGUCGAGAAUUGGAGGAAGGCAUUGGUUGCCGUGGCUGGGAUUUCUGGAUGGUGUUUCGGCGAAAAUGAAUCAGAAGCAACCUUAGUGGAAGAGAUGAGCAAGACAAUCCAACUCAAGCUGAACGAGAUCACCGCCGAAGAAGAAGAAGCCCAUACCAAAAUAACUCCCAUAAUGGCGACGACGACUCUCAAGGAAAAACACCUCUUCUCCUACCAAAACCUACAAGACAUCGCCAUCGUCAGGAUCUGCGGAUUGGGCGGCCUAGAAAGCACCAAGUCAGCAAAACUCGUGUACGACAAUGUGCUCGCCCGCAGGGAAUCACAACUCCCAUCCACCACCAAUCACAAAAACGACAAGACAUUUCGACUCAAACCAACCCGGUCGGACCAGCAGGACCACCCGGAGCUGAAAUGGACCCGGAAAGUAUGGGACAACGACGGAGGAGACAUCAUCACCGCCGUGCGAACGAAUCACACCGCCAUCGGCGGGUACAAAAAGGUCCUGGCACUCGUCGACGACGUCGAGAAGCUGGAGUCGCUCCUCCGUUUCGCUGCGGUGAUGGGUUGGUUGGGUUCGGGCAGCCGGAUCGUCCUCUCGACCGUGGAUGUUUCCAAGAAGAUUCUCAAAGUGAUCCACAUAUACAUGGAGGGUCCCACAGGAGGAGAAAAUGGUAAUUGGGCUAAUAAUAAUAAUAAGUAUUUGGACGUUGCUUGCUUUAUGAAGGAGAUGGUCAACGGCGGGGAUCUAAUGAAGAGGGUGGAUAAAUGUCUAGCCAAUGGCGGUUUGCCGGCGGAGAUCGACGUCAAGGUUCGUGUCGAGAGGUUCGACAACGUUGGGAUGGUUGAGAACGGGAAGCUGGAGGUAGCGGCGACGGCGUCAGAUAAUGAUGAUGAAGAAGACGGUGAAAAUGGAACAUUGCUGGAUGGGGAGAUGUGGAAGAAGAAGAAGAGUAGUUCAGAGGGUAAACAACCAAGAGUAAUGCAGGUUUCGAUCCUUGUGUUCGCUGUUGUUUUCAUUGUAUCGAGAGUAGGCCCAAGAAGCCCAGUAGUCGCUUGA